GACAGAGAAACGUGCCAAUCGUGCACCCAAGACAGGAUCUGCUUGUGCGUUGGCUGGCGGUUACUCUAUUGUCAUAAUCCAAUUGAUACCUAUCUCCAAAGUUACUCAAAAUGAAGCCCGUUCAUUUUUCUCGAUCGACGGCUCGUGGCUCCGCACUGGAGAUGGCUCGUGGAGACAUAGUGGAGUUGAAUAUGAAAGUCAUGAGAAUCUUGACAAGUGACACGACGAUCUCGGAGUCCAGCCAGCAAGAACCUUUCACGCUUGGAGAUUUUCAAACCAUAGUUCGGCGACCGUUGGCGGGAGCGAUCCAUGUCUCCAUGAUGCUUGUCUUGCACUUCCGUCUCGAUGAAGUCAUCAAGCUUGUCGAACGCGUUUGUUGGUAAGCAACAGGUUGUUUUGAGUAAAUACACUCAGGGGAUAAUGGCGGAUACACUUUUAUUGUCUUUCCCCC